UGCGAGGAGCGGGGUCGCCUCCGCUUGCAGGUGGGCCCCCGCAGCUGCUGAACUGAGAACCCGCUUCUGCCUGCACACACGAGUCCCGGUCGCCUGCUGCCGAUUCUACCAGAUUUCCGAAGCUCUGCGCGUUUCUCCAGCCCUGUCAAAAUCCCAAACCCACCUGGGGCUUGCAGUCCAGGAGUUCGGAAGCCUUGGAAAAGGGGCAAGGGCCCCCACCUGUCUUUUUCUCCACUCACUCGGGAAAAGCUGCAAGAUAGGGGCAGCCCAUUCCCUGCUGGCCUGCAGGAAUCCUCCCCGGCCCUCCAAGGUGGGCCCCUUUGCGGAGGAGGAAAAGCAGAGCUGAGGAGCUGGAACCCUGCUCCUGGAACCCUGGAGGAAGAGCCACAUGGCUUUGAGCAAAACACAGCCAUGGGCUGCAGGAAAGGAAACCCCAAGAGAACUUGAGGGCUAGAACCGCUGGCAGCACCCUGGAACACUCCACGGAGGAACGAGGAGCGAACGCGGGCCGGACUCCAUGGAGGAGACCACGCAGGCUGCCAGAGAGAGGAUGGCGGGGUCCCAUCAGCCCCCCCACUGUGGCCACAACCAGCUCCCUGCCCGGGCAGACGAAGCCGCGAGGAAUGACGUGCUUUUGAAACCCUCUCCGGGGGCUGGGGCACCGACAUGCCAAGGUGGGCCUGGCCGGCCGUGUCCGGCAGGAAGAGCUUUCCUGAAAAUGAAGUGCCCGUUGUGGCGGAGGAGGAAAAGCACGGCCAGCGCUCUGCAGGAUCAGGCCACUCCCAGGAGCCGGCUGUGCAUGGAGGCCGCCCACGAAAGCCCCAUCCAGGCCGUCAGAAAGUCUGCCAGCCAAGGUGGGGCCUGGGGCUUGGGCUCAGAGGAGGAGUCCGCGCCAGGGAAAGCGGAGACCUCCCUGCUCUGGAGACUGCUGUGCCUGAAGGCCACGUCCUCCCGGCCGCAAAGCCCACCCCACGGCCUCGGGGCAUCACCUCUCUGCAGAGCAAGCUCGAGCUGUGGGCCCGUCACUGCCCUCCGCCGAACCGCGGAGCCCCAAGGGGAGUCUCCGUUGAGAUGGAGGUCCAGGGCUGCCCCGCAGAGCCCGGCAGAGGCUGCCUCGCUCCCCGAGCCGGAGGCCGAGACGGCCGAGAAGCUCGGUGGAUCGUGGACGAUGAAGCCAUGGAGAGCGCUUCGGGCCGUGAUGAUCUCCAGGACCAAGAGAGAAUCAGUCCUCCCGGGGAACAAGGGAGAACACGCGACAGCAGGGGAGGGGGAUCCUGGCCUCCCCAUGCGACCAGCAACCCCUUCUGGCGCUGGGACAGACGGGGCCUCUGGACAGGCCACCGCAGCGGACAGACACGCGCCAUCGGCAUUUGCACCGAGUGUGGAUGAUGCCCACGGAGCGUGCGAGGCCUCGAGAGAGCUAUGGCGUGGCACGGAGACCCACAGCGGCGUGGGGGACAGCGACCUCCUGGGACUCCUUGCAGAACUGGAAGCCAAGCACGAGAGCCGCUGGUCCGCUCUGGGAAAGAGCCGCUCGGAGCAGGAGCCAGCCCCGGAGAGCGCCUCUGGGCACGUUCCCCAGGGCCUGCGUCUCCGAGGGGCCGGAGCAGAAGCGGCUGCGAUGGCGGACGAAGGCGAGGGCCGCUGGGCGCAGGAGCAGGAGCAGGAGCUGGCCGAUCUGGCGGAGAACCCCGGUGGGCAGGGCAUGUUGAUGGCGACACGGGACUUGGCCUGGUUGAGCCGCGAGGUGCUGGGUGGCCCAGCUGUGGGGCAGGUGGCACGGCACGGGGGCGGUUCUGCGGCAAGCGCUCCGGAAGUCCGGGAGCGGGAGACUGAGGAAGGGAACUCUGCCAGGGGGGGUGGCCCCCCCGGGGAGCUGGCCCCGGGCCCCGCCACGGACCUGAGCCGCCCUGGCCGCCGCCCCCCGCCGCCCCCCGCCUCGGGAAGCACAGCUGCUGGGACCUGCCGCCGGCCGGCGCCCGGGCAGCCAUCGCCCUCCCUUCCCCCCGGGGACUUGGCGCGAGGCUUUCUGGGGGGCCCCCCAAGCGGGACCCCUGAAGCAAGUGGGUGCAGCCAGCCGCAAGGGGGCCCUGCACGGGAGUCGCCGCCGCCCACCAGGGAGGCGCAUGGGGCCGUGGGGGGGCGGGAUGCCACAGGCCCGGGGGAGGAGUGUGCGGAGCGGCUGCUGCACAGGGCGGCCGCGGAGAUCGUGGGAGCCGCGAUCCACAGGGCCACAGAGCGGCUGGUGGCGGAGGAAGAGGAGGAGUGUGCCGGGCUGGAAGGGCACAGGCGGCCCUGCUGA